AUGGGUCAGAACGAGGAUAAUAUCGCCACGACGGGCACCGUCGCGGAGAUGGUGCCGAUUGAGGGGAAGAUGGAAGUCCUGCGCACUCAUGCCGACGCAGCCCUGGACUUCCUCGAGACCCAUGAGAAUUUCACGUACACCAAAGAGGAGGAGAAAGCGGUGCUGCGUAAGAUCGACAAGGUAUUGGUGCCGCUGAUGAUGGGGUCGUAUAUCAUCCAGUAUAUGGAUAAGAGUGUCAUGGCCCAAACUGCCAUCUACGAUCUGUUCACGAGCCUGGGACUCCACGGCCAACAGUAUUCUUGGUGCUCUUCAAUCUUUUAUUUCGGCUAUCUGGCUUUCCAGCCCAUCCUCGCACGUUUGCUAAACUAUGUGCCCCUGGGCCGAUUCGUUGCCUACACCUCGCUCGCCUGGGCGGUUUUGUUGUUCUGCACGGCCGGAGCGUAUAAUUUCACUGGUAUGAUGAUUGUGAGAUUCUUCCUCGGCGUCGCCGAAGGCGGUAUUUCUCCAGCAUUCGUGUUGAUCACCGGCACAUGGUACAAGAAGAACGAAAUCCCGCUCCGCAUCACCAUCUGGUACUGUGGUAACGGUGUCGCCAAUGUCCUGCAAGCGUUCAUCGCAUACGGAUGCGGCCACAUUACCAACACUGGGAUCCCUGUGUGGAAGUGGUUUUUUAUCAUCUUCGGGCUUACUGGGCUUGUCUGGGCUGUCGUGGUGUGGCUCUACUUUCCCGACACCCCUCUCACCGCCAAAUUUCUUGACGAGCGUGAGAAAGCAAUAGCCAUCGAACGGCUUCGUGAGAACCGUACCGGGGUCCGCAAUACGGAGUUCAAGAAAGAGCAGCUUAAAGAAGGAUUGUUGGACCUCAAGGUCUGGUAUGGCUUUUUCUAUGCUAUUGCCUGUGUCGUUCCCGCCACAGCUAUUGCAAACUUCGGGUCGCUCAUCAUAAAAGGUUUUGGCUUCGGAUCAUUCGAGACGUCGCUUCUGUCGUGCCCGCUUGGUGUGGUUGAAGAUGUCGCUCUUCUCAUAACCGGAUACAUAACUUACACCUAUCCCAACACUCGAUGUCUCAUGCAGUUCUUGUGUAACAUCCCCGCCGUACUGGGGUCUGCGCUUGUGUACGCACUACCCACGUCUAACAGGGCUGGAAGGCUGGUGUCGUUCUAUAUCACGCCAUUCACGAACGGAUCGCUGCCGAUGAUGUUCGCCCUCACGACCACCAACAUCGCCGGCCACACCAAGAGAUCCGUAGCGACCUCGCUCAUGUUCGUCGGUUACUGCGUCGGAUUCAUCAUCGGGCCCCAGUUUUUCCUCGCUUCUGAAGCUCCAGAGUACCCCACAGGGUUCAAGACCAUGAUCGUCCUGUUUUCCCUUUCAUCGUUGGCUCCGCUCAUUUAUUUCACUUAUGCGAGGUAUCUGAACAGGCACAAGGCCAAGUUCUUGGAGGAAAGCGGCGAGGCCAACAUCCAUAUCGAGAAUGAGGAAUUCCUGGAUCUCACUGACAAACAACAAUCGCACUUCUUUUACGCAAUGUAG